AUGCAGCUUCUCUGGAUUUGGACAAAGCCCCAACGCUUCCGCCCGCAGCCAAGGUGUCGGCUAGAACAGCUGAGCAGAAUGAACGGAAAACUGUCGUUAUUUCUCGCGGAGUUGUUUCUAAAUCAUUUCUUGGAAGGACCCCGUCCCAAUAUCAGCGAUGCCCUUCAGAACGAGCCAUUUGGCGGGUCUCAACCAGUUGACAGUAAAGGCGUCAUUACCCAUAUUUUUAUUUCGAUCCGUCUCGCUAUCAGUCUUUUCGCUCGAAGCGAUGGCACAAAGUUAGCGAACAAGUCGACAUUAUACGUGGACGCCUGCAAACGUAUUUGCCUGUGCUGGCUCAAUCAAGGUGAACGUGCUGUAGAGCACCUCAAAGUCGCAAUCGAUAUCACUCUGAGGUAUCCAAACCUAGGCCCUGUUCAGGAUAGCAUUCUCCGCGCCACUGCUCAAGCUUGCCGCCAGCACUUCCGACGAUCCAAAUGCGCGGUUGCCGCGGAGUCUGCUGGCGUAGUACAAAGUAUCUUGGCCAUGAAAAAGGAGAAGAGCCCCCUCGAGGUGCGGAAAGGCACCCCUUCACACGCACGCUCGGUGGCGACGAGGUCCCCCAUCGAUUCCAUUCAGGCUGGGGCCCUCUUCUUCUGGCACUAUUGUGCCCAAAUUGAACGCAUGCUCUCCGACGCAUACCAGUUAUUCAUAACGCUGGGUAGUGGUCAAAAGCAAUUGGACGUCCAUCUGGUUUUGCAGUACCACGACAAAAGAUAA